AUCGAUUCGAUCCCCCCCCCCCCCAAACCCUAACCCUACCCCCGCCACCAUGUCCGCCCACAUCGACCUCAACAACUCCUCCUCCGAAGCCCUGCCGCCGCCCAAGCGCGGCCGCGGCCGCCCCCGCAAGAACCCUCCGCCCCCCGCCCGCCCGCGCCCUCCGGAUCCCGACGCCCCCAGGGUCGGCGGCUUCGCGCCGGGCGACAUGGUCUGGGGCAAGAAGCUCAACCACGCCGCAUGGCCCGGCCUCGUCUACUCCGCCGGCGGCAACGGCACCGGCCACCACGGCCAGCUCCUCGUCUCCUACUUCGGCGACAAGGCCUUCGCCUGGUGCGACGCCGCCGAGCUCAGGCCCUACGAGCCCUACUUCCCAGUCGCCGAGCUCUACGACGACGGCGGCGACGACUUCCACGCCGCCGUCGAGGCCUCCCUCGACGAGUUCUCCCGCCGCGUCCAGGACGCCCUCGCCACCCCCGCCCGCCCCUUUGCCCCCGCGGAUUUCCUCGCCUCGCUUCACGACCUGGCCGCCGAUCGCAUGGGCUUCACCAACAGGGUUCACGCGGCCAUCGCCAAGGCGCAUCUCAGGGCAUUCGACGCCUUCAGGGCACUGCCGGACCCCCCCAGCUACACCAUGGAGCUCGGCCUGCUCCCCCUCACGCCUACCAAAUCCACCACCACGGAUGCUAACGACGCCGCCGCUGCCGCCGCGUCCAGGAGGGGAAGGAAGAGGAAGGACGAAGUCGUCAGGGACGACUCAGAUGAGGACUGGGACCCCAGGAAGAAGGGGGCCUCUGACUCCGAAUCCGACCUUGAUUCUGACCGCAAGAGAGGCUCCAGGGGUAGGGGCGCUGCUGCGCCUCGCGGAAGGCCACGAGGGAGGCCCAGGAAAACCGAUGCCUGCAGGGGGGACACGCACCUCAAGGAUGAGGAGAUGGAAGACAGACUCGAGUAUCCGCCCGCUGCUGACAUGCUGCUGCAGCUUCUCUCCGUUGCUGCUGAUCCUGUCAACGGUAGUCAUGGCUCUGUUCCUGUCAUCGUUAGCUUCUUCUCAAAGCACAAGGACUCCGAAGCGCCCAGUGUUUAUGAAGAUAAAGAGCUGCUCGAGACUUUCGGUUGCAAGAAGGGUAGGAAAAAGUCAGCUGGGAGUUUGGUCCCAGCUACAAAUCCAGAAGCCGACAACCAUCUGAUGGCUGCGGAUGGUCAGAGGGGCCGGAGGAAGUCCGCGGGGAGCUUGUACUCAGCUAGGAAAGCUGAGGACUCAUACUGGUGUGAUAUCAUCAUCAGCGAUUUUGAUGAUGGAGAUAGUGAUUAUGAAGGCCGAAAGAGGAAGCGCCACCCUCACAACUCUAACAGGAGUGCCAAUAAGAAGAUGAAGCAGGAGGAGGCACCUCAAGAUGUGGCAUCUACAGAUCAUCCUCCGUCAGAUGCAAAUCAUCCGGCUUCUGCAGAUUGUCCGCUGGACGCGAAACCUGCAGAUGGCCCAGCAGCCUUGAUUUUACAUUUUAGCAGUCCAGAAGCUAUCCCUUCUGUGGAUGACAUCAAUAGCAUAUUCCGCAUACAUGGACCUAUCGUGGAGGGUGAGACUGAGAUCACUAAGAAGUCGAAGAUUGCAAAAGUAGUUUUCUCUAGGCGUGCUGAUGCAGAGCGGGCAUUUAGCAGUUCGGGAAAGUACAGUGCAUUCGGUCCAUCGCUUCUCACGUAUGAAAUUCAAUACUUGCCAUCUGCGCCUCAGGUUUCUUAAGUGCUGCUGUCUGAACUUGAUAUGCUGCGAUUCAGAGGAAAUGCACCAUGAAGGCUGGAGCAAUGGAGCAUUAAUUGGUGUACCUGACUUAGAGUUAGGAUCGCCCACUAACCAGGUCACAUUAGUCACUGAGUGGGUGAGCAAAUUUUAGGCUUUCUGCAGAUACAUGCCUGGUUGUGUGCUUGGUAUCAGAGUUAGCUUUUGUUGAAUUAUUAGAUGGUAGAGUAAACCAUGCGCCUCCUCCUAUGUUAGCACCUUAUCCUUUUUGUAAUGCACAGCUGUGGAUCUCUCUAUUAUGUGGUCUUUUUAGCAUACGCUUCCUUUUUAUUA